GACAUUAGCGACCGUUAAUAUUUUUAGUUUUUGUUUGAACGGACGGUCGUCAAAAUAUACGCAGUUUGGUUUGUUUAUAGUAAAAAAGGAGAUUAUAAUGUGCAGUUUGUUAUAAUAGACGAAGACUUUUGUUUUGUAGUAUAUUUUUGUAAUAAUCAUGGGAAGUAACGCGAGUAAAACAACUAUCGAGACAGCUGUUGUGCAAAAAAAUGAAGCAGACAUUAUUAAUAAUCCGGACCCUCGGUCACCAACCCCUGAAAUAACACGGACACCGUUACAAGGCAAAACUGGUGGCAAACACAACAUAACAAAAAAUGUUGAUUUGAGGAAGACCUUCGAAUGCGCAAAAGGUGAAGAGAAGCUUAUACAUAACAACCCUAUCCUCUCUGCAGUAAUUAAAAACCAUUUACAGUCAUAUGACCCACGCUCCCCCACGCAAGACUUUGAACGCACUCCUAUUAUUAUUGCGUCCAAUAUAGACAUCGUUGCAAAUGACAAGAAGCAACUUGAGAAUGUAAAUUGUGCAAGUCCCCAAUUACCUGAGGAUGUUGACAAUGAUGAUGAUAUUUGCAGAGAAAACAAUAAUGUGAGCUUAGACUUAAUGGUUCCUAAAAAUCUUUGUAAUGGUUUUUAUGACAUGACAUUAAAUGACACACUUAAAGAAAAUGAAGAACCUUUAGGCUCUUCCACAGUAUCUAAAGAAGCCAUAGAAGACAACAUAUCCAACACAAAUACAGAAAACAAACCAACAACACUGUUAGAAACAAAUUUUGAUUAUGUUGAAUUUGAUAAUAAUAAAUUGGAUGAAACGGAAAAGACAGCACAAUCUUUACAUGAUUUUGAAACAACUCAAGAUGAUAUUAAGUGUAUUCCAGUAUUCAAAAUUUUAGAUCAUGACCCUCGUUCACCAUCCAUUGGUAUAGACAGAACACCUAUAGUGGUUCCUAAAAAUGACGAGCAUAGUUCCAGUGAAAAUGUUGAGGAGAUGUCAGAUGACACAUUGAUCAAGGUUUUACAAACCACCAAUGCAGAACUUCGCCAAACAAUGACCAAACCACAGAACACAAACACAGAUGGCUUACUCAUUUAUGAAGAUGAGUCUACAAGUUUGAGCGAUACUCCCAAGAAAGUAAAACAAACUAAUAACAACAAUGGAUCCAGGACUCCACUGUCUUGUAUGAAAAAUAAAGCUGAUGUGGGACAUGCCAGAUCAAAAUCAGCUAACACUUUAUUUGACCCUAAGAACCAGAAAUUAGUACAAUCAAAAAUACCCAAACGAAUAUCUCAUAUCCCGAGAUUAAAGACAUUGUCAAAACAAGCACAACUAUUACCAUCAGGCAGUAGCAUCUCCUUGAAAAACAUGUCAAAAUCAGUCAUAGCGAGUGGUGAUUGUGAGAACACACCACCCCAUUCACACCGUGACCGGUGGGAUAAAGAUAAUAGUAUUGUUCUGUGAAUGUAGACAUUUUUAAUAUGUAUUUACUAUUUUGAAAGUAAUGAUUUCCCACGGUACUAUUUUAUAAUUUGACAUGCUCAUUAGGCAUAAAUUGUCUACAAUAAUUAGUGCUUUGACUCUAAAUAAAUAAAAUACUUAAUAUUUUGUCA